ACAGGGAAAAUAAACAAGUAAAGAAGAAAAAGAAUUACGAAAUCGAGACAAACCUGAUAUAUGUGUGGAUGAAUAGCCAGAUAUUAUAAAUGUGAACAAACUGUUAUAUUUAAGAAAGGGCUGAUAUAUCUACAGUCCGGAGAAUGAUACGAGUAGCGCUGCUUAUUACGUGAGUUGAAAGAGAUAACCAGUACUACAACGAAUUAAGGUAAAAGGUUUAUGCCUUAAAAGGGAUGUCACGAAGUCUUAAAUAACAAAUAAGUUUUAACCGACCAGCUGUAAACCAUUAACUGGUGUGGAGGAAAUCUACGUCUUCAUUAAUCCUUUAUAGUAACGGAACCAAAAGGAAGUUUAAAACUCAAUUCCUGAAAAUUGCUAACAUGUUUUCAACUAUAGAAAUUAAUGAGUGUUGUACACUGUUAGUUGAGGUAUUGUAGGAAUAAUGGUGCAAUACUUCAUGGUUUAAAUGUCAUAUCACUCUUGUUUGAGGACUUUCUGGACAAUGAUUUAAGAAAUAAUCCACAUUGUAAUGGUCUUUAUUUUAAACGAUGUAAUAUUUAAGAAACAUCAGGAUUUUUUUUAUGUAGUGCUGACUAUUUUCGUGAAGCCAUUUCAACUUUAUUUCCCUCUAUUUUUAUCCUACUGAAGAUUUGAUCGAAACCAUUCUCCACGGAACAAUUGUUUAGUUUAUUUUGAAAUGGAGAAGAUAACUUUGUUAUUUAUUUUGGUGUUUUUCUCCCGGAUUGGCGAUUUUGUAGAAACAGCAACAUCGACGUCAAGAUAUUCUGACGACAUUGCGGACAGUUACACAACAACCUCACCUAAUUUUGUAAAUCUGGAAUUGGAAAUCUCUUCGGACAAGAACUUGAUACCCGAUCAAGUGAGCAUGUGGGAUAUAAAAACCAUGCUUCAAUCUCAGGCCAUCAUUCUACGGGAUGUUGUGACUGGACAACAAAAUCUCCACGCACAGAAUGCCAACCUAAUGAGGAGAUACAGAAGUUUGCGAAAAUAUCUGCGCAGAAUAAACAGGUCGUGUCUAUGCCGUAAUUCACAGAUAACUAAUAUGGUGUCAGAUGAUUCCAGAAAAGCAGAGGCUUCUCGAAAUGGAGGGAAAUCACCGAGGACUAGACAGGUUAAUCGGAAGGUUUCACUAAAGCACCAACCGGAUUCCCAGACGAAGCGGGAGCUGCAGCACGGGUCGAAUUCAGAAGAAAGUGGAGCUGGGUCCCAUUUACCCAUAAACUUGCAUCCUUCUAACUUUCGCAGAGAAACAACAUAUGGUACUAAUGACUGGAUAGCCCGGUCUAGCACAGCACGACCAGGGGCUACAGAUCCCACCAGUGACUGGAUAUCCCGACCUAGUACAACACGACCAAGGGAUACAGAUCCCACCAGUGACUGGAUAUCCCGAUCUAGCACAACGCGACCUGGGACUUCAGAUCCAACCAGUGACUGGAUAGCCCCGUCUAGUACAACACGACCAGGGGCUACAGAUCCCACCAGUGACUGGAUAUCCCGAUCUAGCACAACACGACCAGGGACGUCAGAUCUCACCAGUGACUGGAUACCCCGAUCUAGCACAACACGACCAGGGGCUUCAGAUCCAACCCAUGACUGGAUAACCCAGUCUAGCACAGCCCUAACCUCAAAUGGCGGUCGAAUAAUAGAUACAUCAACUACUACAGAUGACAAACCAACGCCCUUGACUACGGAUAUUACUACAGAUGUCCCAAUACGUUCCCAUGGUGAUCGAUUUGUUAACAAAGAUGGAGAUAGCCACGUUCAAAUCAAUAAUAACGCGGGAAUGGGUCAUGACGAUGAAGUGAAUAAUAACGCGGGAAUGGGUCGUGACGAUGACGUGAAUAAUAACGCGGGAAUGGGUCAUGACGAUGACGUGAAUAAUAAUGUGGGAAUGGGUCAUGAGGCUGGCGUGAAUAAUAAGAGAAUGAAUAUGAUUUAUAGCAAUAAACUGAAUGACGAGAGAGGUGUGAAUAGUAAUAUAACUAGGGAAGUGAAUAUUAAAGACAGUAAAGUGAAUGAUAGUCAAGUGGUGUUUAGCAGGGAAUUAAAUAAUCAUACUGAAACAGGAAUUCGUCAUGACCCAGUUAUAGCAGGGAGUAAUAGACGAGUGGGUGAUAAAGUGAUUGCUUACAGGGAAGGGGAUAGCGACGGUGUCUAUAACAACAGGGAAGGGGAUGGCGACGGGGGAUUCAUGCAGGGGGGUAUCUAUAACAACAAGGAAGCCCAUGAUAACAGGGAAGUUCAUGAUAACAGGGAAGUCCAUGAUAUCAGGGAAGUCCAUGAUAACAAAGACAGUUAUAACAAUAGAAAUAUGGGUGAUAAAUAUUAUCGGGGUCACCUGGGUUUGAAUCAGAAUGUGAAUAAUAACAACAUGAACGUGAAUAAAUAUAUGGAUGUGAAUAGUGAAAGCGAAAUGGAUUUGAAUAAGAAUGUAAACAGAAAUGUAUUGGGUGUGAAUAAUGCUGAACUAACAGGAUCUGAACUAACAGGAUAUGAAGUACAAACUGGUGUUCAGAAUGUUCAGAUAAAUAUAAAUGGUGAUACCAAUAAUGUUCUAGGCGAACGGGAUAGUGAUACCAAUAAUGUUCUGGGUGCACGGGAUAGUGAUACAAAUAAUGAUCUGGGUGCAUGGGAUAGUGAUACCAAUAAUGUUGUGGGCGAACGGGAUAGUGAUACCAAUAAUGUUUUGGAUGCACGGGGUAGUGAUACAAAUAAUGUUCUGGGCGAACGGGAUAGUGUUACUAAUAAUGUUGUGGAUGAAAGGGACAGUGAUACCAAUAAUGUUCUGGGCGAACGGGAUAGUGAUACCAAUAAUGUUGUGGAUGAAAGGGACAGUGAUACCAAUAAUAUUCUGGGCGAACGGGAUAGUGGUGUUCAAUGGAAUUAUAUGAAUAGUUUGAGAAGUUCUGGAAUCCUGAAUAACGUUAAUGGUGGGAGUGCCACUUUAAACCGAUUUUCUCAUCAACCUUUACGAAAAGAUAAAAUGGCAUCUUUUGGCGCCUCGUUAUCAGACAUUGUAUCUUAUAAUGGAGAGUUAGAAGGUUCUCUGAAAGAAAGAUUCGGUAAACCUCGAGGGGGGUCAACAACGGAUUUACCUGUAAACACAGGAUUCUAUGAUUUAGAGAUUGACCUAACCUCAGGUCAGUACCAUGGAAACCAUUUUGCAAUUACUUGGAUAUCCAAUCUAACAAAAGGUCUGUCUGAGAAAUGUGGUUUACAAGGCGUGGUCGAGCUGACAUUUCCACGAGCAUUGGCCAAUGAAGAACAAGUAACGGCAAUGAUUGACAUGUGGUUUGAUAAACCUACUGCCUGGGUUUUUAAUAUUGGUGAUUCCAAAUCAAAUGACGGCUUUUCUGGUGAUGGGCAAACUCAACAAAACGAUUGCGAAGUGGAAGGAUAUGGAUCUACAUUUACUGUUCACGGUAGUGAUAAGGCCCGCGACCCACUCAACAAAAUCCUUAAUAUUGAGGAUGAUUUUCUGAACAAAACGGCGUCGUUUCUUGUGACGAAUGAAGAAUUGGCAUGGCGCGGACAAGGAGAAUCAAAUUAUCGGGUGAUGAAGGAUGAAAGUUUGUUCGCUUUAAAAGGCCAGUCUGAUAACCAAGGGGCAGUGAAUUAUAAUAUCUAUGUCGGAAUGAAUCGUGUUAUUGGUGGAAAUUAUCGUCAAGGUCGAGGAUUGUGUUGGAUCGGAUUUAAAUGGCUGACAUCUAUAAAUUAAAAGAAACACUCGUUUAUAUAUAAAUACAUCGAUCAAUUUUAAAAUAAAUAUAAUAAUAUACUAUUGUUAAUCAUUUCUGGAAUUUCAUUUAAAUUCAAGAAAGAAACUGAGGAUACUCAUUGAACUUACGCUCUCGAAUUGAAUUGUCUCAACCUCUCAAGUGGUGUCAAUGGAUUAACACCAGAAUUGUGUGCGACAAGGCACGCGCCAACCGAAUACGACUGAUACACGUCGACCAAUCACCACAGCUUAAACGUUUGAUUAUGUCAAGAUGCUGUUCAGUAGUCGAAUACUGGGAACUGUUUGAUGACGUCAAGAUCCUGUUCAGUAGCCGAGUACUCGGAACUGUUCGCCAAAGUCCAUAUAAAAUCAGACCAGGAUAAUAGGGUGUGGGUAGGAGAAGCAGAAGGGUCCCUUGGCAUUGGCCUACGAUUUUGGCGUUGGCCUAUGCGUGGUUCUAUCUAAAGACAGCGCUGCAUAAUACCAUGACUGUGUAUUUUCCCCUGACACAAAAUAUUUAAAGGAGCUAAAUCGCUAAUAUUUGGGACCUAGAAAUGGACACAAAUGGGUCGGUCGCAACGCAUAUAAUAAUGUAAUAUGAAUGUCUAUAAACUGAUUUACAUUCAAUCGUUUCAAAUCAGUUAUUUUAGGCGAAAUUCGCCAGAAGUCUCAAUUGAAUGGCAAUCUCUAGCGUCUGGUUAUUCCAGUCUAUAUAGUAUUUAUUGCGCAUGCUCUCCAGAUAACGAAUAUUGGGUCACCGUUUGACAUGCCGUGUGGCAUAUGUACGAAAGCCCAGAAGGCUCAUUCCAAAUUCCAAAUUCCAAAUGCUAAAUUCCAAAUUCCAAAUUCAUGUCUUACCGAUAAAAUAGCAAAUUGGCAGCCCCCCUCAAUUAAACAAAUUAAAAUUUAUAUAAAUUGUAAUUUUACACAACUAAUUACUUCUAGUUUACCUAUCUGGGGCGGAUAAAUACCCGUUCCAAAUUACUAGAUUCCAAAUUCCAAAUUCCAGAUUCCAAAUUCCAGAUUCCAAAUUCCAGAUUCCAAAUUCCAGAUUCCAAAUUCCAAAUGCGAAAUUCCAAAUUCCAAAUUCCAAAUUCCAAAUCUGAUUCGACCAAUCGGAUCAGGUUUUUGCUUUUGACUAAUGAAAUGGGGUUUAACGUCCUACUGUUCUGCUCCAACUGAGCUAAUGAAGAAUCAGUUAGAGUAUAAUAGCAAUAUUCCAGUUCGGGUUUGCUUCGGCAGAUGUGAACAGUUUGGGGCCGAGUUCCUCUGCAGGGAGCUACUCUGCUACUCGGUAUCCUAGGACUGGCAUUUUUUUUUUUUUUUUGCAACAGCAGCAAAUUUGGAAUUUGGAAUCUGGGCUUUCGUACAUAUGUCUAGCCUCGUUCUUCGAGUUCCUGUAAGAUCACGACAUCAAUGUUGAUUUAAAUUGACAAAUAAUUCGCGUUUUCAAUGUUAAAGACUUUGGAUGAUAUUGGGUUAGCAGUUGGCCUACUAGCGGGCAUGUGUAUUCUUUUCACAUCUAUCUGUACAUUUUGUGGGUUCUUUUAUUGGUGUACUGUACAAAUAAAUCGAAAUAAAAA